AUGCAGGACUAUGCGCUGGGCCAGCUGGAGCAGAAUGCCAAGCUGAGGGCGCGCCAGCUGUGCAACGCGCUGCAGUCUCUGGGCCCCUCCUUUGUGAAGAUUGGGCAGGCCCUCUCCUCGCGGCCAGACCUGCUGCCACAGAUCUACCUCGAGACACUGGCAGAGCUGCAAGAUCGGCUGCAGCCGUUCCCGACGGACAUAGCGCUGCAGCUGAUCGAGGAGGAGCUUGGGGAGCCGGCCAGCGCCAUCCUGUCCGACAUCACUCCCGAGCCUGUGGCGGCCGCCAGCCUGGGCCAGGUGUACCGGGGCCGGCUGCGCAGCACUGGGGAGGAAGUGGCGCUGAAAGUGCAGCGGCCGGGCAUCGGGGAGAACAUUGCCAUCGACAUGGUGCUUCUGCGGCGCCUCAUGACCGCCUUUGACGCCUCGCUCCCCCGCCUCAAACUGCCGUUGCAAGUGCGCCCGCUGACGCCGCUGGUGGACGAGUUUGCCUCGCGGCUGUUUGGGGAGCUGGACUACGUGCAGGAGGGCCUCAGCGCAGAGAAGUUCCAGGAGCUGUACGGCAGCGUUCCCCGCAUCCGAACGCCGCGCAUAAUCUGGGCGCACACGGCGCGGCGCGUGCUCUGCAUGGAGUGGGUCGACGGCGUCAAGCUCACCGACAAGGCCGCCAUGGCCGCUGCCGGACUAGACAUCAUCGACUUUGUGGACGUGGGCAUCGAGUGCACCCUUCGGCAGCUGCUGGAGCACGGCUACUUCCAUGCGGACCCCCACCCAGGCAACCUGCUGGCUACUCGACAGGGCGAUCUGUGCUACCUGGACUUUGGCAUGAUGAGCGAGGCGCCCCAGAACGCGCGCUACGCCAUCAUCGCCCACGUGGUCCACCUCGUCAACCGCGACUACCAGGCGAUGUGCCGGGACUACUACACGCUGGAGUUCAUGGACCGGUCCGUGGACACUUCGCCCAUCGCGCCAGCGCUCGCCAGCUUCUUUGACAACGUCCUCGACCGCUCAGUCGCGCAGCUCAACUUCAAGGCAAUCGUGGAUGGUUUGGGCGGCGUCCUGUUCCGCUUCCCGUUCCGGGUGCCGGCAUACUACGCGCUGAUUCUGCGCUCGCUCACAGUGCUGGAGGGGUUGGCGCUGCAGGCUGAUGCAGACUACAAGCUGCUGGGCAAGGCCUACCCCUACAUGGCCCGCCGCCUGCUCACAGACCCCGCGCCAGAGCUCAGGGGCAGCUUUGAGGAGCUGGUGCUGGAGGGCGGCCGCGUGCGCUGGAACCGGGUGGAGAACCUAGUAGUGGAGAGCGCCAAGAGCGCCAGCUUCGACCCUUCGCAGCUGUGGAUGGUCGUUGACUGGGUGCUUGGCGCUCCCGGGGCCGGCAUCCGCAAGCCGCUCGCCGCCGAAAUGGCGCGGCUCAUCGACUCGGCCGUUGCAGGUGCGCGCAUGUGCCUGCACCUGCCGAGCGCAAGAAGAGGAUGGGUUGUUGUCUGA